UUAUUUUGUUAUUUUUUUCUUUGGAUUCUAUUUUGGGAAUCUAUGGUUCUGGUUGUUGUUUUGUAGAAUUUUGAUUCAAUCACAAAACGAUGUUGUCCAUAAUUCAACGAUCAUUAUUAGCAUCAUCACGAUCAAUUCAUUUAUCAGCCAUAUCAUAUGCUGAACCAUUACGAAAGAAAAAAAUCAUCAAUCCAUUGACAACAAAAAAACAAUUCGAACGUAAAGUACGCCGUUUGGAACGUGAAAUCAAUCGAUUGCAAGCGGUCCCAUUGAAGUUGAAACCGAUUCUUGAACAACAAUUGCCACCACAUGUUGUACGUGAAUUAGAUCAACGACAACGAUCAAUAACGGCCGAAGAACGGACCGAAUUGCAUAGAAUGAUAAUUUAUCUAAAUAAAAUCUGGUCCAUCUAUAAAGGUCUGGAAACCCGUGAAGAAAUGCGGCGUAUUAAAUCGGUAGUGGAUGCACAACAGAAAGCAAUGGAUAUACUUGAACGUGAUUAUCCGGACCUAUACAAAAAGGCAAUCGAAAUUGAUCCGAAUUUGAUUCCAUAUCAGGUGAUGAAUGUCAAAAAACAUACAGCACCUAAUCCAUCCUAUCAAUGUCCAGAUGGUCGUGAACAAGAUACAACAAAAGAAUGGCGUCUUUAGCAAUGAUAUGAAUGAUAAUCAGUUUUUUUAUUGUUAAUAAUGAUUCAUGUAAAAUUUAUUUAUAAAAUUAUUAAAUACUA